AUGCACAGAACUUACUCUUUGAGAUCUCAAAAGGCCCCUACCGCUGCUCAAUUGCAGUCGCCUCCACCACCUCCAUCCACCACCAAGUCCAAGUUCUUUGGCAAGGGUGGAAUCACCUCCACUUUCAGAAAGAACUUUGCUGGUGUCACUGCUCCUGAAUUGUCCAGAAAAUUAGCUCAAUACAUCAAGAUGGAAAAAAAUGUUAUGAGAGCCAUUGAAUUGACCGCAAGAGAACGUCGUGACGUUGCUAAGCAAUUGUCUCUCUGGGGUGAGGAUAACGACGAGGAUGUCUCGGAUGUCACUGACAAGUUGGGUGUUUUGAUUUACGAAAUCGGUGAGUUGGAAGACCAAUUCAUUGACAAGUAUGAUCAAUACAGAAUCACUUUGAAGACCAUCAGAAACAUCGAGGCCUCUGUCCAACCUUCUAGAGACAGAAAGCAAAAGAUCACCGACGAGAUUGCCCACUUGAAGUACAAGGACCCACAAUCGCCUAAGAUUCCUGUUUUGGAACAGGAAUUGGUUAGAGCAGAGGCCGAGUCUUUGGUUGCUGAGGCUCAAUUAUCUAAUAUCACCAGAGAGAAGUUGAAGGCCGCUUACAACUACCAAUUCGAUGCCAUGAGAGAAUUGGCUGAGAAGUAUGCCCUCAUAGCCGGAUACGGUAAGGCUUUGUUGGAGUUGUUGGACGACUCUGCUGUCACUCCAGGUGAAACUAGACCUGCUUAUGAUGGCUAUGAAGCUUCUAAGCAAAUCAUCAUCGACGCUGAGAACGCUUUAUCCGCUUGGACCCUUGACUCUGCUGCUGUCAAGCCAACAUUGUCUUUGCACCAGGAAAACCCUGAAGAGCCAGACGAGGAGGAAGUUUAUGAAGCGGAAGAGGAGUUUGCCAAGCACGACGAGAACGGCAUUCACGAGUAA